AUGUGCCCUUUUGCGCUCGUUUCUGGCUUUGAGCUCGAAAGGACUAUUUUUCUCGGACUGUCAAGAGCCACUUUUUUCGAAAGCUUUCGUUCGGAAGUUGGUUCAUUGGCCUGGAUCAGCAUUAAACGCAAACAAGCUCGAGCCCCGUUUCGUGGGCAGCCGACAAUUCACUAUACCUCGGCUGUCGUCCGUUUGCUUGCGUGUCUGAGAUUCCACCUCCAUCCCAGUUCGCCUGACUACAAAAUAAAUCAAGUAUAUGGCGCAGGCAAGCGAUCCAACAGCCAUAAAGCCUGCUCGCCUAUAGCAUAUUGUUGUGACUUCCGUUUUAUGGCAUUUCCCUGUGGCGGGAGAUCGGAAGAGGAGGGCAAGUGUCCUUUCGCCACGGUUGGGGCGCUCGGGUUCGGAGAGGUUCACGGAAUACAAAAAAGCUCGGCCAACUUCACCACGCUUUUGGCCGUGGGUUGGUUAGUUGACAAAUAA